CUUGUUAUUGGUGCAUACAAUGAACAUAAAAACAUAAAAACACAAUAAAUACAACACACAUAUAUAAAAUAAAAAUAUAUAAAACAUAAAAGAUAUAAAAGUAAAGGAAAAAAGGUGAAAUGCAAAAUGCAAACAGUAGAAGAGUGUCAAAUUGCAAUAUGCAAUGUAAUGCAAUAUGAUAUAUGUGUUAUGUCUCCACUUUGUGUUGCUCUGUUAUUAAUCCUGUCUUUGCUCUUCUCCUUCCUCUGCUGUUAAAUUGAAAUUGGUGAUUUUUUUUUUGUUAUUGAAAAAUUUAAAUAAAAAGUUAUAUGGGCGCAUGCGCGAGAGGGGUUUCCAUGACCACCAGCGGGUGACUUUAACCGUUAGGAAACAAAUCAGAUGUUGGAAACUUUUUCCUCCUCGGAACUUUAACGGUUCACCGGGAGAAUCCCUCGGUUGAACCAGUGAGUGACUCCGCUGAGUUCUGUCCAGAGUCUCGCUGCGGGUGACAUGUUGUCGAGGACCAGGAAAGGUGAUCCCCAGGCGGCAGGAGGAGCCGGAGGAGCCGGGGGAGGAGGAGGAGGAGAAGCAGCUGGACGUGGAGGGGAGAAGCCGGGGUCAGGAGGACACAGAGCCGGCCACCAAGCAGCUGCCCCCGGGGAACAGGGGCGGCUCGUCCCCGGUGUCCAGGAGGGAAGCGACGGGUCCAGAUACGAGGGAGAGUUCAUGGACGGGUUGAAACACGGAAGAGGAAAAUACACCUUUGUCAACGGAGAGUACCACGAGGGCUCUUACUACAGAGACUACAGACAUGGGGACGGUCAGUACUGCUGGCCCAUGGGACAGAAGUUCACUGGCAAGUUCUACCUCAACAGACGGGAAGGAUAUGGACACCAAGAGUUUCUUAAUGGAGCCACGUUUCAGGGUUUGUUCCACAUGGACCACAGGUUGGGUCCGGGGGUGGUGACUUAUUCAGAUGGUUGUCAGAAUGUGGGUCUGUGGGUCGGGCCGCUCCUCCUGAGGUUCUGCUCCCCUCUAGAGGAGGGCUUCAGUCUCAAGAGCUUUCCUGAAUAUGCUGCCUACAUGGACCCAGCUGCCGCCCCAGAUUCCCUGACUCAGCCGCCCGUUCUCGAUUUCCCGAAGACUCAAGCAGACAGAGACCUGCUGCUAGUGGACGAGGACUGUAUCUACCCCCCCGGCAUCGAGAGGUUCUGCACCAACGGAGAUCUUCUGCCUCUGCCCCCACGCCGGAGGAAAAAGCUGGAUCAGCAAUUCUUUGGCGAGCUGUGGGAGCCGGAGAUGAAUCCGUACCUUGGCUAUAAACGAGACCCCUACGCCGAUUUGCCAUUACAGGCCCGCCUGCGGGAGAACAUACACAAACACAGGCGACAGGCUGAACAUGUGUGCUGGGACGUGGCUGCCGUCCUCUCCAUGAACCGGGAAGGUUUCGGUCCCAAGGGGAUUCUGGAGGUGUCCUCCGAGCAGCUGAUCCGGCACGCUUCCCGGGGGGAGCUACCGGCUGUUACUCAGAUCCUCCAAGGUCGUACGGUUUACCCCGAUGUAGCAGAUUCACAGGACAACACUGCACUGAUCGCCGCCACAAUAAACAACCGCCAUGAUGUGAUGCACCUGUUGUUGAAUAGAGGUGUUGAUAUAGACAAGCUGAACUGUGAAGGGAUGUCCGCCCUCGCCGUGUGUCAUGUCCUCUUCUACCCGUUUCACUCUCUGAACACCACUAUGUUGGAAUCUCCUCAAACCCAAGUUUUAAAGAAUCCAUCUUCCUAUCGGAGAAGUUCCCAGAUCAGCCAAGUGGACUUCACCAGGGACCCGCUCGCCCUUCACAACAGACCCCAGACCUCUAACACAACCCUGAGCCAGCACUCACACUGGACGGCAGAAGAACCAACCGACCACAUUUCACAUCACAGCAAUAAUGUGUCAAACAACAGUGAAGAAGAAGUUGAGGACGACUCUUCCUCCUCCGUCAGCAGCACGACCCCCCAGGACACACAGGAGACUGCACACAAAAUGGCUGCCAUGUCAAUUGAAAACGAUGCUCGACUGGAAACCCUGAGGAUUCUGCUGGAGCGGGGAGCCGACCCCAACCUGUCCCGAGUGCCCAUGCCUGUCCUCUUCUUAGCAAUCAUGGCGUCUGACACCGAGGGCGUCCGGAGGCUGCUGCUGCGUGGAGCUCGUACUGACAUUCCCCUUCCACCCGAGAGGAAAGGCCUUUUUCCGCUUCACGUGGCUGCAGCGCUGCCGGGGCGAGCAGGUCUCCAGAUCACAGAGCUGCUGUUAUGUGCCAUCACCGACCCGGACGCACAGGCGUGUGACCGGGACGACAUCUUUGAACCAGAUAAGAAGUCUCAGGAAACACUGAGCACUGAGCAGCCGCCACGUCUCAACGGAGGAGGCAGGACAGCUCUGCAUGUGGCCUGUCAGAGAGUCAGUGACUCCCAGGAUGCCGGUGAGGUCGUGGCCCUUCUGCUCUCACACCGAGCCAGCACACACCUCCUCUGGAGUGGACACUCCCCUCUCUCUCUGGCUAUAGCAAGUGGCAAUGAACAGGCUGUGGAGGAGCUGUUGAGAGGAGGCGCAGAUCCUAACCUCCCUCUGGGCCGAGAGGUGGGCAGCGCCCUCUGUGCUGUCUCCAACAUCAACUACCACUGGGGUGACGACAGACUCCAACUGCUGGACAUGUUGGUUAAGGCUGGUGCUGACUUCCUGAUGCCGGUUAUGGUGGGAGGCGUCGAGGGAACCGCAGUGGACUUUGCAUACAACUCCUUUAACCAGGACGGGCGUAUUGCCCACACUCCCUAUCUCGCUUUGACACAUCGGGAGAGGGAGACAUUCACCAAACGCCACCAGAUUCUGAGCAUGAUGGGAAAUCUGCUGAGAGAGGCCGCUGUCCAGAGGGAGAAGGAGGCUUUAGAGAGAGAGCAGCAGCUCACACUAAAUGAGCCUGGGGCCAGUUCCUCCGACAAGCCCCCCCUCAGACGUGAAGGUCGAAGACACAAUGCAGAAAAACAGAGGAAACCGUUUUUUAAGUUCUGCUAUGACUGCGGUCGCUCUGCGUCCGUGAAGCUGACAUCUUGUUUCAGCUGCCACAAGGUUUCCUUCUGCUCGCAGGACUGUAAACUGAAGGCAUGGAAGGCAAGACACAGGGACGAGUGUGCCGAGGUGAAAGCGUCUGGAUCCCAGAGGAAGGUUGUGGUCCACAAGCAGCUGACUGUGACACAGAAGGUCCAAGUCAAGAUGAAGCACAACUACAGCCACAUCUGACUGUAUCUAGUUUCACUUUAUUGCUGAGGAAGACAUUUAGUGCCAUGAUCAUUUCUUAUUGACAUUGUAUUUUAUAAACAUUUUGUUCUUAGUAUCACAGGUACAAGUUCCUUCAUCCUCUGUGACUGAUAUUAUACUGAUAUUUGAAU